AUGUCCAAUGCUGACUCACCCUCAUCCCCUACACCUGAAGAGGAAGACGCACCUGUUGCAUCUCUGCUAUCCAGGAUAUCAGGUUUAUCAACAAACAACAACGACGAUACCCCUUCCGCUCCUUCUCCACCCGAAUCUUCCUCGUCUACACCCCCGACAAGACCAAAACCAAAUACUUCCAAUCCCCUAUUUGGAAGAGCCCUCGCAAGCGUCAAAUCAGAUAGACCGCCUCAAGCUCCAUCUACACCUACCGGAAGUACAAGUGCUUCAGGAUCUAAAAAGAACGUUGAAUUGAUAGAUAAUCAGAAUAAACAGGAAGAAAAGAAAAUGAGUGGAUUCGACGAUGGAUGGGACACUCCUGCCCGAAAUGGAGAUGGCCAAUCUAAUGGACAAGCUCAAGAGACUAAGACUGACGCCACGAUGUCAGAAGGUGGUUUGAUCUCUAAUGAUUUCCAAGUUGAGGUCAAACUCGCAGAUCUCCAAGCGGAUCCCAACUCUGCUUUGUACUCUGCCAAAACCUUCGAGGCACUCAAUCUUCACGAAGCAUUGAUGAAAGGUAUCUAUUCUGUUGGAUUCAAGAAACCCUCCAAGAUCCAAGAAGUCGCUUUACCCCUUUUACUCUCCAAUCCUCCCAAAAACCUCAUCGGUCAAAGUCAGUCUGGUACUGGUAAAACUGCGGCCUUCACCCUCAACAUGUUGAGUAGAGUCGAUCCUGAUUUACUUACUCCUCAAGCAAUCUGUCUCGCUCCCUCUCGAGAACUCGCGCGACAAAUCCAAGAAGUAGUAGACAGGAUCGGACAAUUCACCGAGAUCAAAACCCACCUCGCUGUACCUGGAUCAUGGUCAAGGGGUCAACCAAUCCGUAAACAUAUCUUGAUUGGUACACCCGGUACCCUAGUAGACAUGUUAUCGAGAGGAAAGUCGAUUUUCGAUCCGAAAAUGAUCAGAGUAUUUGUUCUCGAUGAGGCAGAUGAGAUGAUUGCGCUUCAAGGUUUGGGUGAUCAAACUGUCAGGAUCAAGAAGAUGCUUCCCCCUUCUGUGCAGAAUGUACUUUUCUCAGCUACUUUCCCAGAACAAGUUCAACAAUUCGCUGAAGGUUUCGCACCGGAAGCCAACAAGCUUUUCCUCAAGAAAGAAGAAGUUACUGUGGAUGCCAUCAAACAAUUGUACUUGGAAUGUGAUGGUGAAGCAUCGAAAUAUGAUGCUCUGUCUGCCUUGUAUGAUUGUAUGAGUAUCGGACAAAGUAUUGUCUUCUGUCGAACAAAAGCUACAGCCGAUCAAAUUGCCAAGCGACUCACAUCUGAAGGACAUUCUGUCGCUUCUUUGCACGGUGAUAAACAAUCUACCGAACGAGAUGAUAUUUUAGAUGGAUUCAGGAAUGGUAAAACCAAGGUUCUCAUCACUACCAAUGUGGUAGCUAGAGGUAUCGAUAUUCAACAGGUCAACAUGGUUGUCAAUUAUGAUGUACCUGACUUGGGUAGGGAUGGAGACUUUAAACCGGACAUCGAGACUUAUAUUCAUAGGAUUGGUCGUACCGGUCGAUUCGGCAGAAAAGGAUGUUCAGUCAUCUUUGUACACGAUGAGAGAUCGAGACAAGAUGUCGAUUAUAUCAUGCAAGAAUUAGGUAAACCUAUGAGGAAGAUAGAUGCCAGGAAUGAAGAGGAUUUGGAUCAAUUGGAGAAAGCUCUCAAAGCAGCUUUGAAAGGUCCUAAUUAA